CUGCGCGAGGAGCUCAGAGACAGAAUUGUGGCGAUGCACAGAUCUGGCCAAGGUUACAGAAGAAUUUCUGCAGAACUCAAGAAUCCUAAGAGCACAGUUGUUUUAAUAAUUAUAAAAUGGAAGAAGUUUGGGACGAACACAAAUCUUCCUAGACCUGGCUAGUCCAGCCAAACUGAGCAAUCGUGGGAGAAGAGCCAUGGUGAAGUGGAAAAGUGGCCCGACGGGAGCCUCUCCUCAUAUGAAAGCCUGCAUAGUUUGCCAAAAAAAAACACAUGAAGGACUCCCAGACUAUGAGAAAUACGAUUUUCUGGUCUGAUGAGACCAAGAUUGAACUUUUUAAUGUUAAUUGUAAGAACUGGCACUGCUCAUCACCUGCUAAAUACAAUCCCAACAGUGAGGUGGGGGCAGCAUCAUGAUGUGGGGGUGUUUUUCAGCUGCUGGUACAGAACGAACGAAGGAAAGAUGAAUGCGGCCAAGUACAAAGAUAUCCUGGAAGAAAACUUCCUCCAGAGUGCUCAGGACCUAAGACUCAGCCUAAGGUUCGCCUUCCAACAAGACAAUGACCCUAAGUUACACAGCUAAAAUAACAAAGGAGUGGCUUUGGAACAACUGUGUGGCCAUUCUUGACAGAGCCCUGACCUAAGCCCAUCUGAGCAUUUGUGGAGAGACCUGAAAAUGUCUGUCCACCAAUGUCCACCAUCCAACCUGACAGAACUGGAGAGGAUCUGCAAGGAAGAAUGGCAGAGGAUUCCCAAAUUCAGGUCCCAUGAUGCAUCCGGGUGCCUCUGGGUCUUUGGCCUUCCUCAACUCCUCCCUGACCGGCCUGCCGGCGAAGGCGGGUGGCGGCGGCAGCAACAUGGACAUACUCUCUAUCGUCCUCUACAUGCUGACCAUCCUGCUCGGCAUCCCAGGAAACGCCAUCGUGAUCUGGGUGGCAGGCGUCAAGCUCAAGCCGAACGUCCUCAACGUGUGGCUGGUCAACCUGGCCAUCGCCGACCAGAUCUUCUGCUUGACCCGGAUCUUCUCGCUGGUGAAGAAGCUCUUCCUGGACCACUGGCCUUUUGGCGUCUUCAUCUGCAAGUUCAACGGCUUCUUCAAGUACGCCAACAUGUUUGGCUCCGUCUUCCUGCUGGCCGUGAUCAGCGUGGACCGGGCGCUCUGCAUCUGGCGGCCAGUCUUCACCAGGCGCCACCGCACACUGUGGGCGGCCAAGGUUGUGGCCGUGUGCGUGUGGGCGACCGCCGUCGUCUUCAGCUCGCCGUACUUCUUCUACCGCCAGGUCUACGCAGACGCCAAGAACCUGAGCAAGUGCUCGGUGGAGGAGGUGGGGAACAAAGACGCCAGAAUGGUUCUCUAUUUCAUACGCUUCCUGUGUGGCUUCCUGGUGCCCUUCCUGGUCAUCCUCAGCUGUUACAUCUUGGCCGGGCAGGGCAUUCGGCGCACCCGGCUUUCAGGGAAAACCCUUCCCCUGCGCAUACUGGCCAUGCUGGUUACGGCGUUCUUCCUGUGCUGGGCGCCAUACCACAUCCUGCUGCUGCUCAGGAUGAAGGAGAAGUCCAACCCAAUUGUGAAGUUCUGGCUCCCCGCCGCAAAGGCCGUGGCCUACUUCAACAGCUGCGUCAACCCGCUCCUCUACUUCUUUGUGGGGCUCAAGUUGAGGGGGCGGUCCAGGCAGUCCCUGGAGGGGGUGUACAGGAACGCGUUGACCGAAGACGUUGACGGACAGACGGUUCAAUCUAAAGAAGACUCAGUGGAACCGAGAGGCGUGUCUGAAUGCUGAAUACAACACAUUAAAACAAAUAGACACCUCAACUUGUAAACAUUUUUAAAUAUACCAUUCUGCCGAACAAGCAAAAAAUAGUCAGAUUCCACAAAAGCAGUAAUACGUUCACUCGCCAAUUUGAGGUUUACCUACGGGGGGUAAUUUUUCUCCACUGAGGGCCCCACUCUGAAAAA